AUGGUUUCGUAUACAAUUUUAAACAACAUGGUAAGCCUUCACGAAGAUCAGAACAUCAAGUAUACAUAUACGCAAAUGGAGAGUCACCUUCAAGAACAAGAAAUUAUGGACCUUUUUCGAAUUAUUUUAACUGGACUUUAACGCAUAGACUAGAGUCAGACUUGGUCAGAAAUCAUGGCAAAAUAGUCGAACAGGAACGGGAAUACACAAUGCCUUUACUAAGUGAGAUUGAAGAAAAACAAAAAAAAGUGGCGUGGUUCGUAUCUAAUUGCAAUGACGCACCAAGUAAGAGAUUGAAAUUGGUUCGAGAAAUGCAACAGUAUAUAGACAUCGAUAUAUAUGGCAAAUGUGGUACUUUAUCUUGUUCCAAGCGUAACCAAGAACGGUGUUAUAAAGACAUUGAAAGGCAAUAUAAGUUUUAUUUAUCUUUUGAAAAUUCAUUGUGUCAAGAUUAUGUUACCGAAAAAUUGUUCUAUUUAUUAAAUUAUAAUAUAGUACCAGUCGUUUAUGGUGGCGUCGAUUAUAAUGUAAUGGCACCCCCUCAUUCAGUUAUUAACGUGAUGGACUUCGAAACGGUUCCGGAUUUAGUGAAUUAUUUAAAAUAUUUGGACAAUAAUGUAACUGAGUACAUGAAAUAUUUCGAAUGGAAGAAACAUUACACAGUUAAAAGCCCCAAAAAAGUUAUGUGUGAUUUAUGUGCCAAACUAAAUCAACCAAUUAAAACUAAAGUAUAUAAUAAUAUCCAAGAGUGGUGGAGGGGCCAGCACGGUGAAAUUUGUCAGAAGGUGCCCGAAAUUGUCACAUCUAUAUCAAAAAAGAAAACAAAAAAUAAAUAAAUAAUGUAAAUUAGUUGUAAUUUAUAAACACAUAAUUUGUAAAUAAUGUUUUUUAUUAGUUUAGUUUGGAUUUUAAAA